AUGGAACACCAACACCAACAUGAACACCAGCAUGAUCAUACGCACAGUCAUGAUCAUGCCACUUUAAAUGAAGAAGAUCCCAUUCAAUCAGAACAGUUGCAUCUUAUCAAAGUGAUUACAGCAUUCGCUUAUUAUAAACGUCAUUCGCUCAAUCAUAAUCACAGAAGAAGACGCGAUUAUCUGUCUCUCUCUGAACAUCACAAAAAGUUAAUUCCAGACUAUUUGGAUAAAGUAAACCAAGUCGAUGGUCGCAUUGAAGAGAAUAUGAACUUGAUUCGUGCCAUUGUAAAAAGUGCCAGCAUGUUUACGGAAGAUGCAGACGAUGAGCCAGCAGAGCAGAAUUCCAAAAAACAACAACAGAACCCUCCUGUCUCUCCUAUGGACAUGGACAAGGUGAGAAGCACAUUGAAGCAAUUUGUUCGAGAUUGGUCCAAAGAGGGAGAAGGUGAACGUAAAGUAACUUAUGAUCCCGUUGUGCAAGAGCUGAAUGAGAUCUAUAAGGAUUUGCCCAUGCAUGAUAGAGGCGCCGUCCGUGUGCUGGUACCUGGCGCAGGACUAGGUCGAUUGGCGUUUGAUAUUGCUAAAGCAGGAUUUAGUUGUCAAGGAAAUGAAUUUUCAUAUUAUAUGCUGUUUGCGUCGCAUUUUGUUCUCAAUAGACUCAAGACUGAAAACGAAUAUAAAAUCUAUCCGUUCAUUCAUUCGAAUUCAAACAUCAAAUCAGAUGAAAAACAACUGGAUCCCGUCAUGAUUCCAGACGUAUUGCCUGCUAACUUGCUGGACACUGUGGAUUUCUCCAUGGUUGCUGGUGAUUUCAUCGAAGUCUAUUCGCAGGAAAACAACAAGGAAGCAUGGGAUGUGGUUGUUACAUGCUUUUUCAUGGACACUGCUAAAAAUAUACUCGAGUACAUGGAAGUCAUUCACAAGGCUUUGAAACAAAACGGCACAUGGAUCAAUAUUGGACCCCUUUUAUACCACUUUGAAGAUUCGUCUUCAGGUGAUGCCUCCAUCGAACUCAGUUUGGAACAGGUAAAAGAAGUGGCCAAGAAGAUGGGAUUCAAGUUCAAAAAGGAAUAUAUGGUGCCUACCACAUACACAUCCAAUCCAGAUGGUAUGCUGAAAUAUGUAUAUGAGUGUGCAUUCUGGACCGCAGUUAAGAUAUAG